CCCGCAGUGUCUCUUCCGGCUGUGGGGGGUUGGAACGUGCGGUGUCCUCACACCGCCCCCGGCUCGUGUCGUGGUGCGGGCACACGGUUCUGCGGCUCGUUCCAUCCGCUUCAGUGUCGGCCGUUGUCCCGUCGGCCAUUUGUGUCUCGAGGUUACGAGGAGGGACGUGUUACCGCGUGAGGUACAUAAAUGCCAGUUUAUGAUGAGCCUCAAAACCUUAUGGAAGGACUACAAAGUUCUGAUUGUGAUGGGAAUUAGCCUUGGCCUGGUGCACUGGUCGUGGUUCCACAUCAAGUCCAGUCCUCUUUUCCAAGUGAAGACAGAGGAGGUUGUUCCAGAACCUGGGAUUGUGACAUACGUAAUGCAAAGGGAUCGCAAAAAUAAGGAAAAAUAACAUCAGGGCUGUUUGUUUUAGGUUUUAAAAGUUACUCUGAAACAAACCCCAAUAGUUUUCAAGGCGACAGUCAAACUCCUGUGUCUGAUUUGGUGUAAUUAGCUCUGAAACAUCUCCUGUGAGUGUUGCCAGAAGGGAAGAUGAGGAAACCUAGCUGGAGUAAAAAGAACUUUCUGCUUGUGGCAGGACUGUCGCUGAUAGGUGUCCAUUUUGGAACGAUGCUUGUGAACUUUGUUGCAAAAAAAUCUGCUCGAUCACACUCAGAAAUUAAGAAAUAAUGAAAGUAUGAAAGCAUGAAUGAAUGAGCUUACAGCUGUCAUUAUCAAUUUCACAGUGGGAUUUAAGCCUCAUUUUUAGGUGUCUGUGUGCAGAAUCAGAUGUGCUUAGCAUACUGUGCUACGUUUAAAAUAGUAAUCUUUGUCAGAAAAGAAUAAAAAUGUACUACUUUAAAGUGCUGUGAAUUCUAGGUCCAAGUAAGAAUGAAAUCUCUCUUUAUCAGAAUUAAAAUCUAAUUUUGAAAAUGUCUCGCCUUGAAGCUAAAAAGCCAUCAUUAUUUAUUAGUGAACCUCUAACUACAGUUAGUCAGCCACUGUCUCUAUUAACUGCAAUAUUAAAAUCUUGCUAUGGGCCUGCUGGCAGACUUAAACAGCUCCACAAUGGUCUGGGAGGUUAUGUUUGUCUAACAUCACAAUCUUCUGCCAUACUUGGUCGUCUUUCUGUCAGUCACCCUGUAUUAAAGGUUUUGACAGCCUCUGUCCAGAACCAUGUGUCCCGCUUCAGUGACUGUGGCUUAUUUACUGCCAUUCUUUGCUGUAGCUUGAUUGAAAACUUUAGAAACCUAAAUAUUGCACCUUGCACUGUCAUAAAAAUAAGCAAACAUCUUUUGAGUUUAUGUACUGACUACCUCAAGUCUGAGGCCUGUGGUUGCCGAGUAUCUGUGGAUUUUGGUAAUCUUGAGACUCUUCUUUGCUUGGUGCGUAGCAUAUUAACAAGCAAACCUGCUUGCAUGCUUAAUAAAACAGAGGUUGAUCAUCUCACUGUACUGAUUGUAAAGGCUUUUAUGUUUACUGUUCCAUGCCAUCCUGAAACUAAGCCUAUUUUAGGAAAAUGUGUAACAGUGUCUGUGAAGGGUAGAAGAGUUCUGGAUUCUACAGUUGUUCCUGGUCUGCUGAUAGAAACACCAGAAAUUCAAUUUGCAAAACCGUUUUCUGUCAAAAGAACUUCUUCUGACGCUGUCAAGGUAGCAGUUUUCUGUGUGUCCAUGUCAGGAGACCUUUUUGACCCAGAAGAAGGAACAGUAACAGUCCACCACAGAAUUUCCUUAGAAAUGUCAGAGCUUGAGCAGUUGCUUAAUGUAGGAAAGCAGUUGGUUAAUGAUGAAGUUGGCCUUGUAGUGUGCCAGAAAGUCAUCCAUCCGUCGCUGAAACAGUAUCUGAAAGAUAACCACGUCAUUGCUGUGGACAGAGCUGGGCUGUCAGUGAUGGAACCCCUGAGUCAAGUGACAGGUUCAAAGCCUAUAGCUUCCAUUUAUUCGUUGUCUCCCAGUUGUUAUGGUAGUUUGAAGGAUGUAUGCGCCAAGAGUUUUGCCUCUAAACAUUUUGUGCAUCUAAUUCCUAAUGACACGGUUGUCUGCAGCUUGGUACUCUGUAACAGAAAUGAAACUACUUGGGAUGAACUGAAGCGUGCCUGUGAGACUGCGGAGCAUGUGUUGCAGUUAACACUCAAGGAACCUUUGGCAUUGUUAGGAGGUGGUUGUACUGAAACUCAUUUGGCUUCGUACCUAAGACAAAAGAUUUCCUGUCUGUCCACUAGCAGUUCUAAAGAUGUGGAUUGUUCUCAUGCACAGUACAAGUUGAUUGCUGAUGCGUUUUGUCACUCAUUGGAAUCUGUAGCUUGUUCUCUGAGUCAUGAUGAUGGAGAAAUUCUCACUGAUAUGGCUUAUGGACACUGUUGGCUUGUUCCAUCAGGAUUUCCUUCUGUCUUUAAUGGAUCAGAUUUACUUUCAAAAUGUGGCUGUGGAGUAAACAGUAGCACAAAGGAUCUCAACUGGAGGCAUUUGCAACCCUUCUUUGUCUCUUCUCCUAUGGAAAGCUGCCUGAAAGAGCCUUCAGUAAAGGUUUCUGACAUUAUGACACUGGACUGUUUUGCUGCAAAGUAUAAUGGCCUGCAAGUAGCUGUGGAGACGGCCAAUUUGAUUAUGGAUCUCUCAUGCGUAAUUGAAGAUCAAAAUUAGCUCUGUGAUGUGAAUUGCAUUGUACAGUCAUAUUACUCUGCUUUCAAUUAAGAAUCUGUAACAUUAAGGUUCUUGGGAAUGGUAGCCUUAGCAAAAGCUUUACACGUUCAGACAGGUUUUGUAUUGUGGCAAGACAUUACCAUUGUUUUUAAUGUUCUAAGUAAGAAAAGAAGACCUUCCUUAGCAAAUCCCUUAAGCAGUGUUUCUUAUUUUCAAGCUCUGUUCUGAAAAUGUUAUAGCCUUCUACUGUUUGCACUUAGUUUCUAAAUUGCUGAAGGAUUUUCAAUUCACGUGCAAUUUAUUUAUCAAGGUAUUAAACUUGACCUGAAUCUUUUAUAUAGCAGGUAAUUACACAUUGGAAAAAAAAAUGGCAGGCCAGGGGGGUGGAGUGGAAGCUUUCACCCUUUCUGUUGUCUUUGGAAUACAAGAUGGCUUAUAAAUAAUGUUUCUACUACUUAGGCAAAGCUGCAAGAAUGUGCCAGUUACAAUUCACUUAACUCUUUGUGCAUUGCUUCUUUUAAAAAGAAAGGCUUUGAGCUUCUCAGGCUUAUUUAAAGAUCAAAACGAGGCUGUAGGUGAUUGAAACUCUCAUUUUUAGCAUGCAUAUGAAAUCCAGAAGUGUGUUUCAGUUUCUUUUCUAUACUCCUUUUUUCCUCCUGUUUUCAGUCACAGGGGACAAAUAUUCAUGACAUGCUUUUCCAGAGAGCAGAAUUACUUACAGCCUGUUUAUUUUUCCUGAUCUCUUAAGUUUUUAAUAUAUGUACUGAAUAUAGACACUGACAUUUUCUUGUGUAACUCAGUUUUGAAAGGUGUAAUUAAAAGCAGCUAUUUCCAGGCC